GACAUAAUAAGUAAAUAUAGGUAUUAAUUUUAAUGUAUGGACAUAGUACUCUUUGUAUUGGAUGAUUGCCACUGAAUAUACUGUAAAUUGCGUGUAUUGAAUGAAUGCCACUGAUCUCUCAGUACAGAGAUUCGUGAUCAUAAAUGUUUAAUAUCAUUUGAUGUAUGUAGGUCAUAGCCACUGUCGAUUUUACAAGAAGCCGGAGGGUAUUUAAAAAAAAAAAAAGUUGUAAUGCAAAGUCGGCCACUUUGUAGAGUGGGGUAUGUGUGUAUAUUAACACCCAUUCAUCCAUGUGUAUAUUUGACAGACAUCCUAUUAAUACAAAUAUUGUAGGAAGUUCCUACAUCGGGCUGUGGUGAACAAUUCGUUACUCAUUGCCACACAUGGAGAAAAUAGGUAAAUAUUGCGUCUUUGCCUACGAAAGUCUGUGCCACAGAUCUGUCACUGAAUUUCUGUGACAUUUCUGUGAUUGCGAAGCGAACAAGAGUGAAGUUUUCUGCGGCUAGUUGUCACUAUUGUUUUGAUAGUGUGGUAUUUUACUGUUAUCAUUUCCUCGUAAUUGUGAUAUCAACGAAGGAAAGGCAGUACCGAAUCGCAGGUUCUGCUGUUUCAAAUGGAUGUAUCUCAGGGAGAAAUGCGAGAUUUCAAUGUAAGUAAUAAGACGACUGAAGAGGAACAAGAAGAUCCAGAAGGUGGCUCGAAACAUCGUUUUAUGAUGAACGCAAAGAAAACUUUUGAAAAUGCAUCUCUAUUACUGCGAAGAAAAAUUCCUUGCACUGGUCAUUUGAUGACUCCAAGAAGACUAUGGAUUCAAACUGUACCAACGCAGGAGUGUGAUGUUGUCCUUAUGUUUCCACCUGGAGCUCAAGAUUUUACAUUGAUGUGGUUGCUGUCUCGUUUACGCGCAGGAACUCCAGGUUUAGUAGUCCAUGUUCGACAUCAUGCCUCAUCGGACAGUUACGGAUUUUACCUUACAGCACCAUUCAGUGUACUUACAAAAGCUGCUGAGGAAGUUCAUUUACCAAAAACACUUAAAUCAGACUAUGGGGGAGGCCUGAAAGAAUUUGUACAACAAGAAGCAACUUAUUUUGAAGGUGUUGAAAAUGAAUCAGGAUUCUUUUCAACUCAGGAGCGCCAGUGGCUUGUGCUGCAUCUUCUUCAGACAUUGCGAGCUGGUUCAGCAGAUCAGUUGGGGGGUUUGCGCCUUAUUGAAGGCCAAGCAAUUGUUCCUAAAUGUUUGUCUGCUGGAAUAAUUUCUCAAGUAUUUCCACUCCAUGAUAUGCCAGCAUUGGAGAACCUCCAGAAAAAUUGGGUUAGAGCGUUCUUCCAAAAACAACCUUUGGAUGCAAUCUGUGAAUACUUUGGGGUGAAGAUUACCAUGUAUUUUGCGUGGCUGGGUCACUACACUGCUGCUCUCAUAGUGCCAGCUGUUGUUGGGUUUAUUUUCUGGGUUGGCUUCUGUGGUCGUGACCAAGCAACUGAGGAUGUAGGCUAUGUUUUGUUUUCAUUUUUUAAUGUAAUAUGGGCCACAGUAUAUGUGGAAGCCUGGAAGAGGUAUAGUGCUGAAUUAGCUUAUCGGUGGGGCACUUUGGAUCAAAGGGAUGAGUUGCUUGUAGAACCUCGGCCAUUGUUCACGGGUACAUUGGAAGUAAGUCCUGUCACUGGGAGACUGGAACCAACAUACCCUCCAUGGAAGAGAACAGCAUUUCGCUACUUUGUUAGCCUGCCAAUAAUAUUAUUAUGUUUGGCACUCGUUUUUGUGAUAAUGUUUUUUACCCUCCAAUUGCAGGAAUGGUGGGAUCAUCUGAUAGCUGAACAAGAAUAUAUGUUCUGUUUGAGCUACUUGCCCAAGAUCCUUCUUGCCAUUGUUAUUACGCUUAUGGAUGAGGCGUAUUUUAAAGUUGCUUGUUGGCUGAAUGAUAUUGAAAACUACAGGCUUGACACGAAGUAUGAAAACCAUCUUAUCGUCAAAGUAGCAUUGUUCCAGUUUGUGAAUUCAUUUCUCUCCCUAUUCUAUAUUGCCUUUUACUUGCAAGAUCAAGAAAAACUGAAAGAGCAAUUAGCUGCUCUUUUGAUUGCUCGACAAGUUAUAGGAAACUUGAAAGAGUCUGCCCUUCCAUAUCUGUUGGAACAAUUGCGACUUGCUAAAUUAAGCUUUGACUUGUUUGGAGCUCUUAGUCCAACAGAAGCCAAAAAAUCAAUAGUGAAAGAAAAACAGGAGGAACCAGAAUGUGGGACACCUGGCAAAGGAGGCAAGAGAAACAUUAGUCAGGCAGAGCUGGAAAGUUCACUUUUUAAGUAUGAUGGAACUUUUGCUGAUCAUUUGGAAAUGUUCAUUCAGUUAGGUUAUGUGGUUCUGUUUUCAUCUGCAUUUCCUAUGGCUGCAUUUUGUGCCCUUGUAAAUAAUCUAAUUGAAAUACGAAGUGAUGCCUUCAAACUGUGUUUCAUAUUUCAAAGACCUUUUGGUCAAAGAGUGUCAAAUAUAGGCACUUGGCAGAAUGCAAUGGAAGUUAUGGGCCUUAUUGCAGUACUAGUAAAUUGUGCUUUAAUUGGCCUAUCUGGUCAGGUACACAGAAUGUUUCCUGAAAUGUCUACUACUCAAACCAUUCUUCUUAUUGUUGCAUUAGAGCAUAUAAUGUUAAUAUUGAGAUUUGUCAUCUCAUGUGCUAUUCCGGAUGUUCCUGAAUGGGUAGCCACAGAAAUGGCAAAAGUUGAGUUUGCUCGGCGAGAAGCUUGUCGAAGAUUAUCAUCUACUACUGCUUCUACACCUGCUCCAGAUAAUACACCACCACCUUCUGGAAUAGUCAUAGGACGAUUUGUUGUUUCACCUGCCGCUGAAGGUUUGGCUGAGUCUGAAGAAACAUCAAAUGAUGCAUUAGAUGAUGCUCCUACUCCAAUAGUGGAUAUUAAUCCUGUUGCAUCCAUGGAGACAAAAGAGCCCAAACCGCCCAAACCACAUAAAGAUGAAUCUGUUUUAUCACAGGCUGCUGAAAACUUGCUUUCUUCACUCCCGAAAAGCCCUCCAAAGAAAUCACGUGAGUGGUUGGGACCAGAAGGUGAAGGCUUGGGUUAUCACCUAACGAUUGGUCCGCAUGGAGUUGAUUGGGUUCGUAGAUUGGGUAUUGAAGGAGGCAGAAAAGGGAGUGAACCAGAAAUGGGAAGUGCCUCUGGGGAAAAUUUAGCAACCCGGCGCAGCACAGAGUGUAUUGUUACACCCAAAGAAUUAGCUGCGUCAUCAGACUCGGAUCUUCUAAGGUCAGCUCCGCCCUGGGCUGACCCUAAAGUACGAUCAAAGUUCAGGUUCUCGCCAGAGAAAGAAACAUCUCUUUCAGAUAGCAGCAGAACAGUAUCUAGUCAAGAGGGGGAGGAGGCUGCAGCGGCAGCAAGUAAAGUUGAAGAAUCUGCAGCUGCUCGGAAGACAAGAGUGAAGCAAAGUCUGAUGAAAAGAGCAAGAAGUGUUGCAAUCUUCUCCUUAAAGUUAAAGGAACGUAGAGCAAGAGAAGCAUCUGCUAAGGAAGCUUCCAAUAAAGCAAAAGCAGAAGCCAAGGCUGAAGCAAAGGAAGAGAAAGAGGCUAAAGCUAAAGAGGCUAAGGAAAAAGAGAAAGAGAAAUGGAUGCCGCCUACCAAUGUGGGAGGUGAAUUAUCCUGUAUUCCUAUUGAGAAACUUAUCUCUGUAGAUGAUGUUGCAAUGGACCUGCAACGUAGAAAAAAUCACACUUCUGGUAACUUGUAGCCUUAGUUUGUUGAAGUCAAGUGUUGUGUUCAAUGCCUCACAGUUUUGUUUAGGGAUGACACUGGAUUAUUUUUUUUUUUGUAAUGAUAAGAUGCGUAUUAUUUUCAUAAGCAUUAGUCAGCACUGCUGUUUAGUACUGUUCAAAUGAAUUUCUUUUAAAUGAGCUCCUAAAAUGGUAGAUGAAAAAAGGAAAAAAAGUAAAUAUAGAAUUUGUUUCAAUAUUCUUCUCUGUUUUACUUCAGUGUUUGAUGUGUUGUUUGGGAAUUUCACUAGUAAUAAUUUAUUGUAGAUAUUCAUUGCACAAAUUACUGUUUUGUAUCUAGAGUGCCUGUUGACCUGUUUCUGUGUAAUUUGUUAAGCACAUGUUUUGAACAUAACUAAGAAUUUUCUUUAUUCCUUUAUUAUUAUUGAAUUGAUCUAGAUGAAUUUUGUGGUUUAAUGUGAAGAAAGUGAGUUGUUUUGUUUUCUUGAUGUUAACUUUUUUUAAAACAAAGAAUUAAAACUAACCAAACAAGCAUUAUGUAUAAAAUCAAUUUGUGUAAUGAAAAGGAAAUUCAAUCAUUUUACUAGCUAUUCAUGUGCUUCAAUGAUGCAUAAUAAUUACUUUCUACAUUUUGAAAAUAAUAAAUAUUUGAAAGAAAUGCAAGCGCAAUUAAUGUAAAAGUAAAUUAACAAGAUUAUUUUAAGGGAAUUUAAGUGAACAAAUACACUUAAAGUACAAUAUUGUAUUAAAACAGGAAAUGCAAAAUUUAAAAAAUAUAAUAUUUUUAAAAUUUUAGUUCAAAUUAUUUUAUUCUUUUCCUCGUGAACAUUCACUAAUUUUUGUUAUUGUUCCUUAUUAAUUUAUGACAGAGUAUAAGUUUCAAUAAUAAAUAAAGUAUAAACAUAAAAUAAAAUUGAUGUGUGCCGCUACCAUUAAAUAGGGGCUCAGUACUGAACUGUUUUAAAUUCUGCACAUUUUUAGUCUACAUUUGUGCAUGUAGUAGUAGCCCUAGAAUUAAGCUUUUGCUUUGUAUUUCAAUAUUUCAUACAUAAUUGGAGUUUUACAUUAGUGUCAUGGAGAUGCUAAUUAUGUUGCUUAUAAUUUACAUUUAUAAAUGAUGUCAACUUUAUUUUCUUAUUUUAUUUACUUUUCCUCUCAUCCCUUGCAUCUACAAAUGAAAAAUGGCUGCACUAUUACUUUAUUCAUUUUAAUAUACAAAAUAGCCAGAAAAUAAAUACUUGUGAAGAAAACUAUGGCUAAUACCAGUAAUUUGAAUUUGUAUCAUUGGGAUAAUUUAGAAUAGCAUAUUGAUAUAAGAAAGUUUGAAUGUAAAUUAAAUAAAAAUGAUAUUUAUCGACAUAAAAUUCAUCAAUUAAGAUCCCAAAAAACAUGAAUUGCUCAAUUUAAAGAUGUCAGAUCUUAGUAAAGCAAGGUUACUUAAUAACUAUCUGGACUGAAAUGCCUAAGCUAUAAAUUACUAAUUGGAGGUUUUUAACUUUUUCAUCAAUCAUUAUUGGAAAAUCAUAUUACUCUGUGAUGAGUAUUGUGCAUGUAAUGAACAAGUUACAUUAUUGCAAGCAACUACAGGAGGAAAGAUAAGGAUUAUUUAUUUGUUAUGAAUUUAUUUUUAAUUUUGUGUUUACACAUGAAAUUUUGAAAAUAAUUUAUGUUAAUAAUAACUUCAUGAUAGAUUUUUUGUAAUUUAGUAUUGCAAUUUUGCAUAACUUGGUGACUAACAUCUACACUUUAGAUGCAAAUGAUUCAACUUUUGAUUAGUACUCUAUUUUGUUAAUCCUGAUGUGUGUAAGGACACUGCCACCACAAUUCAAUUUAUAAGGUUGCUGAACUCAGCAAUUAAAGCCAGUGGUAGAACUAGAUACAAACAAUUUAACCGCACUUCAUCCAACAAUAAUCGGAAGAUAGUACACCUUAGAUUGAAAACGUGCUGUGCCUCGCAUAAGUCUAUUGUAUUUUUGAAAAUCUUGUAGUUGGAGAUGUCAUUUAAUGAGUUGUCAUACAAACACAUCUCUUAUUUUCCUUUUUCCUACAUAAUUUUUAGCUUAUUUUAAACAAGAUACAUAAAUAGCAGUAGCAGUAGCUUCUAUGGAAUGCUUUUAUUCUUUCAAAUUGUGUUUUGAACCUAAAUGUAUUUAUACUAUAUCUACUUUUCUUGUCGCCAAAUUAAAAUCUUUCUUCAUCAAUUUGUUCUGAUUUCAUUUUUGUAGAUGGUCUUCUAGUUUUUAUUAUAAAGUGUAUUUCAGGUAUUUAAGAAGAAAGCCAGUGUAAAAAGUUUUGUAAAUGUCUUUCUUUGUAAUGAAAUCUACAAAUAUGUGUUUGGGAAGUGCCUACAUUUAUGAAUUAAGGUGAUAUCGAAUAGUUUAGUAGUGUUAUUUUGUGACAAAUUGUUCUUUGCCUGAUUGAAAUGUUAGUUAAUGGAAUUUUCAAUAAAAAGACUUGUCUCUAAUUGGUAUAGGUAUUAAUAACUAAAGUAUCUUACUUUUCUUGAAAAGUAAAUGAAUUUGGUGUUCAAAAAUAUUUGGUUUUAUUUCGCAGGAGUUUUGUGUUUCUUGUGCAUAAAUUUUCUUUCAACAUAAACUCUGUUCACCUUAUGAGAUGUACAAAGUGAUAUAAUGAGACAUAUCACUGUAAGAAGUAAAACAAUAUAACUGAUUGCCUCCUUAUAUGCUGAAGUAAGGUUUUAGAAAAAAUAGUUUUAUGAACAAAACUAGGAUGUGCAUUAUUUUUAAAUCAUGUUAUAGGUAUAUAUUCUACAGUAAGAACUUCAUUUUCUUUCAUUUCAUUUCACUUUCUUGACACACUGUUGAAAAGCUAUCAUUUGUAGAUGACAAAGGGUAUGAGAUUUUGGAAAAAAUCAGAAUUGAAUUGUUACAGUAAAAAACUGAAACACACUUAACCUCACUUGCCUUAAAAAUAUUGUGGAAAACUAUUGACAUUUAUUGCUAUAACAUAGCUAUUGAAUUUACUAACAAAAUUACUUCUCCGUAAAACUCCUUUACUUUUUGUAUUCUCUCAGAAUUAUUUGCAUGAAAUUGCUUAACUUUUAUCAUUUGUGGAUCAUGAAAACAAUAACUUGGCAUCAUUUGUAAAUAUGUAAUUGCAUUCUGAGUCUUGCAUUUUUUUUAUGUUUUAAAUUGUCUGGUGUCUUAAAGUCUUGUUGUUUAUCUUUUUCACUUAUUGCCACUAAUGUUGGUAGUGUUAGUAAGUUUAUAAAAUAAUCAAGCAUCAAGUCAGUGCUGAAGGAUUUUCAUUUUGUAAUAUUAUUAGAAGACCUGGUAUCUUCCUUUCUUCUUCAGUCCUUGCCCUUGCUCUCCUAUUAGCCUUCUUUAUUUAAUUUUGUCCCUUUUCCUUCCCAUGCAUUCCCACAUUCCUGACUCAAUUGCAAACUGUAAUAGCACACCUGAAUUCUUGCUGUUCUUAGGAAAAUGUACAUUAAAAUUUUGUGAUUGUUAAGACAAUGAUAUAUAGGUUUGUUACUUGCAGAAAUAUAUUUUGAGUCAAGUGCCUAUUGCAGAUUUAAUUUCUUUCGUAAGUAUGUGCAAAGAUAUAGCCAGAAUGUUUCUCAGGGGAGGAAUUCAGAAGAAGAGCUAAUAAUAUUUUGUUUUAAAAUUGUAUGUAAUGCUGUAGAAGCAAUAUUUUCUAUUAAUGUAAUCAACAUUUAAAUCAUGAAGUACAGAAACUGGUGAUGUAAUUGAAAAGAUUAUUGUAGAGAAAGAUGUUUUAGUUAUGUAUUCCUCCCCCUGGCUGUAGAUUUGAUUAUGUAAAUACUCAAGUGUACUUAGAUAUAUUUAUCAUGUUGUGGUAAAAGUAUUAACAGUUAUGUGACAGAUAGAAAAGUAGAUUGAUUGAUCAAGAGAAAGUUAAAUUGAAAAUGUGUACUUACAUUACAUCAUGCCCAAAAACUUACAUGAUGUUGGCUUAAAGUUAUUCAUACUUUAAUCUGUAAUAGUGAAGAUUUUACUGGACCUCAGAGAGAGUUAUUGAAUGAGGAGUAGCUGACCAAUAAAUUGACUUCUGUUUUAUCAAUAAAACAGUUUGUUACUGUCAGCUUGUAGGGUGUUGUAUGUACAUUUGGAUAGUUAGCAUUAGAAAUAUGAGAUAAUUGCAAACAUAAAAAUAUUUUCAGACACUGAGAUUUGAAGAUCUUGAUAUUAGUUGUAUGUCUUGCAUUAAACAACUGAAAUAGAAAAAAAUCAGAACACACUUGUCAUUCUAUGUGACACAUUUCAGACUAAUUAUUUCACACUAAUCUACCUUUUUUGAUGCAAACAUCUCAUAUCACUCUAGGUUUUGUAGUGUGAACAUCUUCUACUUAACAUUUAUAUAUUUGAUAAAAUAUAUCCUGAUUAGUGUGUUCUGAUACUUUUCUUUUCAUUUCCUUUUUACUUUCUCAUUUAUACAUAAUUCAGGAAAAACUUAAGGAAUGGAAUAAAGUCAACAUAAAGUAAAAGGCACAGGCAUAUUUUUUGGCUUCCUAAACUUAAGAUUUCUUCAUCUAAUCCAGCUUUCUCAAUCCUAUUGAAUAAAAUUUCAGAGGAAAAUAUUGCAAACAAUGUUAUAUGUUAUGCAGGUAUUGUAAUGAAAGUGAGAUUCAUGUGGACCUAUUAGUGAAAUUUGGAAGCUGAUACAUUACUGAUGUGAGUCUUCUCGUAAUUGUCUUAUAACAAAAAGUGAAGUAGUGCUAGUUAGUUGUGUAAUUUAAUGACGAGAAUUUUACAUUUGAAAUUCUUUGAAUAUUUACAGAUCCCUGGAGCAAAAUUUAGAAAAAAAGUUUUUCAGGAUCUUAAAUGCAAAUAGCAUAAUAAUUGUUUCAAUGAUUUUUAGCAUAAAAAAAUGCUUUAAUGAACAUAUUCAGUUUAUUUCCCAUAACAAACAUUUGGCAUUUAAAAAUAAAUAAGGAAUAACCAUUCCACUCGCAGUUUUGUGAUGAGAGAGAAAAGCCCGAUGAUCAUUGUCUAAAUGUGUGUGUCAACUUGACAGUUAUUCAUGGAAUGGAAAAUUUAUUAGGUCAAAUGUGUAUAAUACAGUAAGUAAGAGAAGAAUGCUGAUAUUUGACAUUUCAGUUUUGUUUCUUUCAUUAUUAGAAAUAAAGAUCUUUCAUAAUGUAUUUAGUAAUAAUUUACUUAAUUAUAUAUUCUUUUGUAUAUUUUAUUUAAUUUGGGGGAAAAAAAUCUUCUGAAGAACCAUCAAAUGACGUACAAAAUUCUCUGCAUAAAACUUUUCCAUGUCAUUCUGAAAACUUUUUAUUUGUUAUCUUCAUUUAAUUUUAAUAUGUUAGGCUAAUGCCAAUGUUUUCAUCUCAUCUCAAAAUUAUUUAUCAGGAAUAAACUGACUAAUGUGCACUCCAUUAACAUUGACAACGAGUUAUUUCAUUAACAUUUUGGUUCUUAUGGAAUUUAUUGAAAUUCCUUGUGGCUUUUGAAAGUGAGACUGAAGAAUUUUUUGUAUUACCUUUCACCUAUUCUAAUUACCUGAACCUUUCAGUAAGUUUUAUUAGACUUCCAGUCAAUCUGGCCAUGAAAGGUACAAAAGUAAACACUGGUCUUUUCAUGUACGUCUUCCUUUUCAUAUAAAUAAAGAAGAUUUUUAUCUAUCAAUUUCAUUUGGAUACAAUAUGGUAUGUUUUACUACUGCUACAAGUAUGCAAAUGUAGUGCAGAAAAAAUAGAUUAAUUUGUAUAUCUUAAAAUUCAAAUCAUUUUUGGAAUCCAUUUUUCCAAAGUCUGCCUUUCUUUUGACAUGCAUUCAUAGAGAAUUUCUCUUAUGCUUAUUAACUACUCUUAUGCCAAGUAAUAAUAGUACUCAUUGUUUAAAUAAAUGCAUUGUAUAUGCUUAAUAAGUAAUGAUCAUGUCUGUUCAUAUUAUUAUUCUUGAUCAAAGAAUUGAAGUAGUGACUUUGUAUGCAUUUACAGAAUAAUGUGUGCUUAAAAUUUCAUUCCAAUGUAUUUAGUUAACACUGUUCCUUGUGUUAUGACAAUCAUUUUAUCAAAACUAAAAUAUAAACCUUGGCUUCUUAUUGUAUACAAUAACAGACAUUUCAUUCAUUUUUUUUAAUAUACAAAGUCAGGAUGAAUUUUUCAGUACUUCAGUAUAGGAAAGCCCUGAAUAAAUAAUCUAUGGGAAGAUAUAAAGAAUAUCAUUUUAUAUCAUGAAAAUUAAAAUGCUUAAUAAACAAGUAUGGUUCUUUUGAAUUUUGAUCAUGAAUAUUGUUGUAAUAAGGAUAGUAUUUUCCCUUAUAGUUAUUGUGUAAAUGUUGUUGAAUAUUCCUUUUUAUAAAUAUAUAAGUUUAUUUUCUCAAUAACAAACUUAGAGAAUGUGUGACUUGUGAAUUUCUGGGUGCUUGACAGCGGAAUGUAUUUUUUGAAAUCCGUCCAUCUGUCUGUGACUUGGUCAGAUAAUUCUGAUGAUUAAUAUUUUUUUUAAUAUCUAGUACUCCUUUUUCUCGCUAAGUUUGACAAUAAAAUCUCAUUAUGGAUUAAUACUUAUUGCAGUUCUUAUAUGAAAUGGUAUGAAUUACUGAUAUUUUUGCUUUCACGUAAAAUACAAGUAUUAAUUGUGCAAGAAAUAGUGUUAAGAAAACCAGUUUUCUUUAACUACGUAAAUUGAAGGACUUUCCUCACAUUUAAGUAAUUUCAAUACAUCUGUUUAAAAAUUCAGUAUUUUUUAUACAGUUGAUAAAAUUUAAUUUGAAGAUAAUUUUUUAAAAUAUAUAUAUAUCAUUUCUUCCAAUGAUUUGUCCAGUUCUCCUAUUAUGAGUAUCCUUGCCUUCAAUUUUGUAAUUUUUAUCACCAUUAUUAUUGCUAGAACGUCUUGGCACUAAUGGUUGUGAUUUUUUUAUGCUGUUAUGUGACGUUGCAGUCUUUAUGACACAAAACAUGUUAUUUUAUUAUUGCAAAACCAACAACUAUGAGUUCCAGCCAGCCAGCCAAAUGAAUUAUCUUUAUGUUAAAUUGAAUAUAAUUGUCAAUCUGCCAAAGAAACAAGAAAUAUUUGAGAAUGGAAACAAAAAGUAAUGAAAAUUGGAAAGAAUUUAUUAUGGAACACAUGGGGAAAGGAAAGGAAGAAAAUAAGAUAAUUUCAUGAAAGAGUACUAUUUUAAUUUUUUAUUUGAUUGUUUAAGAACUUGUCACUUAAAAAUUUGUUCUUGAAUUCACUGAAUUUUCAAAAUAUGACUUGCCGUAUUGGACAUUCAGAACAGAUACUACUACAUGACAUCGUAUUCUUGAAGAUCUUCCAGAUUGUUUGUAACAUAUUUUUAAAAGAAGCAGCAAGUAGUGGCUUUCUUGUUUAGUGAUAUUAUUGCUCUUGUGUGCAUGAAUGUGUAUGCAUGUGUUUGUGUCAUGUAUGUGAGAGAAAAUAUUGCAGAGAAGCAAUAUAUGGCAGAAGAAAGAAAAACAAGCGGAGGGAGCAUAUCUUCAGAAAAGGAAAAUAAGCAAGAGGACAAGAAAAUUGCUAUUGUUAAUCAGUUCCCACUAUUUGCUAAUUGCUCUUGUUAUUCUUGUGUAUAUAGUAUAUUCAACGUGUAUUCAACAUGAUCACAUUUCCAAUGAUUAUCUGAAGUAUUUUCUGAAAGUAAUUCUUCAAAAAAUGCAUGAAUUCCAAAAAAGAAAAACUGAAUGUGCUGUACCAUGUGUAUUAACUGAAUUUUAAGGAACAUCUCAAGAGUCAGCUAUAAAUAGUUUUAUUCAACAUUUUGGUAAAUAUAAAAAAUAAAUAAUGAAGAAUAUUACCAACUUCAGAGAUCAUGAUUCAUUUCAUCUCAAUCUCAGUAACUUUGUAGUUUUCUAUGUGCAUUCUGUAUUAAGAGUAAUUUUAAAUAACAAUUUUAAUAAUGCAGGGGAUGAUUUAGAGCAGGGAAUGUUAAAACUAAAUUUAUAAUUUUAUAACUUGAUUUCAGUGUUGCCUACGCCAUUUUGUAUAUUUGUACUGACAAAUACUAAUUAAAAAAAAAAUAAUACAAAUUAAAGUGGGGCCAUAGAAUGCAAGUGCUUAAUUAGAAAAGGGAAAGAGCAUGUUUUUUUGUUUUUUUUAAAUUAUAAUUAUGUAUAUAUGAGAAAGUUUGUAUUUAAUUUUUUCCUGCAAUGAUAUUUUAAUUAGUAUCUCAACAGCACUGUAACUGUUUAUAUUUUAGGUCAACACAAAGAAUUUUAGUGUAUCUCAGACAAUGUCAGCUUUGAUCAACAGAUUUUGAGAAUGAUAGUUGAGUGUUUUGUAUCCAUGUUUUAAACCCACGUGUAUUGAUCAGGUGCUUCUGCUUUGCAAAAGCGUUGUGUGGCUAUUUGAUUUCUGGUGCUAAUUGCUUCUCAGUUCAAAUUUAUUACAAACACUAAUUGGUGACUAUUUUUAACAUAUCUAUAAUGAAAUAUUAAAAUUAAUGUAGUAUAGUAUGAGUAGGUGAUCUAUGACUUGAUGUAAUUUAGUCACAAUAUUUUGAAAUAUGGAUGUAAAUCAGAUCUCAGACUGUAUCAUAGCCUGAUAAUACAUUGUACUCUAUGUCCUGCAAUAAACGUUUGUACUCUAAA